CUUCACAUCCAGAGCCGCCUGACCGUGGAAUUCGCAGCCAUGGCCUUUGCCAAGAAGCCAAGGACCACAGGAAUUGAACUGCCCAAGAUGCCAGGCGAUUCCCCCGCGCUCACGCAGCGCACGGGCAGCAUGGGAUCCCUGGCAGCGUCCCGGAAGAGGCUGCCGACCAAUGCGCCGAAGGUCUUUGUCAUCACCGGCAACCCGGAGAGCGCCAACCUCGAUGUGGUACGGCAGGAGCUGCUGACUCGGGGCUUCACCGAAGGCGCAGUGGGGGAGGCCGAGGACUUCCUCUUGAAGUGGGGGCCCAGGAGCAAGGUGGAUUGGCGCUCCUUAGCGCCGCCGCAGCUGGUGAACCACUACGAGAACGACGCGGCGCUGACCACCAAGUCAGGCUUGGCGGAGAACCUGCAGUCCACCAGCAGCCCCCACGAUGCCAGACAGUUUUUCCCCUCGUGCUUCCACCUGGAUCGUGCCUCGGCCAUUUUCGAGUUCGCCCAAGAGUUCAAGUUUUCAAAGGCUUGCUGCGUGCUGAAAGAGUGGCUCGCACAUAAAGAAGCUGGGAUUGUGCCAGAGACUUUCCACGACGAAGUGAUCCGGACGGCGCUGGUGGUGGUGAAGCGGCGCCUGGAGGACAUCGACUCGCAGCUCAUGGGCGACACCGACGAAGCCAAGCAGGUGGAUUACAUGGUGAAGAAGAGAGAAUGGGACGUGCUCUCGGCCGUGGACUUCGAAAACCCCGGGGAGAACCCCGCCUGCCAGGGCUGGCAGCAGCUGUCCUUGAAGCGAAAGCAGUCGAACCUGCAGAAGAAGCAGCUUCUCGAACGGUACGACAGGAAGCUUCAGCAGAUUGCAGAGCAUGGCAAGGCCAAGACGCGCCGAAAGAAGCGAGAGGGCUCCGUGUGCAGCUUGAAGGAGGCCAAGGAAGAAGAGGAAGAAGUGGAGGAGAAGGAGGAGGAGGCCACCAAGUCUUUGACCAGAGAGAGGUCGGAGAAGAGCCUGGAGGAGCCGAUGAAACUUUCGGGCUCCAAGCUGAUGGAGGCGGUCACGGCGGUCUUGGGGUGCUUGAAGGAGCAUCCGCAGUUCCACUUGAAUCGUCGGAACAUUUGGAUCCUGAAACCUUCCAAUAGCCUUCGGGGGCAUGGCAUUGUGGUGGAAAAUGACUUGGAACGGCUUUUAAGACACGCGCGGGGCAAGAGCUGCAGCUAUGUGUGUCAGAAAUACAUUGAAAACCCCUUGCUGAUUGGUGGGGCCCGAAAGCACGACAUCCGGCAGUGGGCGAUGGUCACCUCGUUGAACCCCCUCACCAUCUACUUCUUCAGCGAGUGCUACGUGCGGAUCGCCGCAGAGGACUACUCCUUGGACGACUUCGGGGAUCGCCACUCCAUGGCCCACGACGGCUUUAAGCACCUCACCCACACGGUGAUCAUGAAGAACCAUCCGAACUUCAAUCCGGAUGAUGAGGAUUGGCGAUGUCAAUGGACGCAGGAGCGAUAUCGGACCUUGUUGCUGGAAAAGGCCGGCUACGAUGUGUGGAAAGACAAGAUCCGCCCCGCGAUGCAGCAGAUCGUCGUGGCCUCGCUGCUGAGUGUGGCGGAGGUGCUCACGAAGUCGGACAAUCAUUCCUGCUGCUUCCAGCUGUUCGGUUAUGACUUCAUGGUGGAUGAGAACUACAACGUUUGGCUAUUGGAAGUGAAUGACAUUCCCAUGCUCCAAGCGAGCGGACCGGUCACCAGCCGCCUGUGCGACACCUGCCUGCGACAGGCCUUCCGCACCAUCUUCGAUGCACCCAGCUCCAACCCCGAGAGGUCCAAGACGGACGAGGACAACCUCCAUUUCGAGCCGCUUUACCGUGGCCCUGAGAUCCCGAAGCUGCCCAAGACCGCCUCACAAGGCUUGGACUUCAGCGUGGAUGGUCGGAAACUCCUACCCAAGUGUUCGCCAGGCCCUGUACGCCAUGCCCCAAGUCUCCGGCUCAGCGCGCGCCGAGACCAGGAGUUGCAAGACCUCGUCGACAAGCGCCGCCUGCGCGAGGGCAAGGAGCAGCAAGAGAAGGAGCGUCAACUGCGCCUAAGGCGUUCGUUGGCCAAGAAAUUGCUUGGUGGAAAGAGCAUUUCCUCACCGUGCCUCGAACAACUGCAGGUCCAGGUCCCGCGAGAGGUGGAAGGUUCUGUUGGAACGACCUGAGGACGAAGAAUGUUCGAAUCGGACGAAGAGUCCCAAGAAGGACGAUGCUGGCGUUGGUUGUUCGUGUGUUGGCACAGUUGACUAUGCUCUAUGGCAGCCUUGGAUAUACUCAUUGAAUCGUUCGAUGGUGUCAAUGAAUUGAGGAUGCU